AUGUUGCGCUUCUCCCAACAUGCGCUGGUAGUUUCUAAGCGGAUGGGCUCUGGGCCUGUCCGCGCAAGCCUAAGACACGCGUCGAGAGCCUCCACACCCCGGAAUACCGCUCCGCAAAGCCCGCCAUCGCUGCCCGCCCCGUUGAAGAUCACACUGCGCGAGUAUCAGGAAGAAUGCAUACAGGCCGUACUCUCCUAUCUAGACGCAGGCCAUAAGCGCCUAGGUGUGUCGCUGGCAACUGGCGCUGGAAAGACGGUCAUCUUUACCCAUCUCAUAGACCGCAUCCCCACCACAGGCAAUGCCUCGCAGACGCUCAUUCUCGCCCACCGCCGUGAGCUUGUCGAGCAAGCCGCCCGUCACUGCACCCUCGCCUACCCAGACAAGCACGUCGACAUUGAAAUGGGUAGCAACCAGGCUUCGGGUGCCGCCGACAUAACAGUCGCCUCUAUACAGAGCAUCACGUCCGGACACCGACUCCAGAAGUUCGACCCGACGAGAUAUAAGCUUGUAUUGGUGGAUGAGGCACAUCAUAUAGUUAGUCAGACAUAUCUAGACGUUCUAGAACACUUUGGUCUUAGAAAUGCUGCCGACUGGACCAAGACAAGGGCUCCUGCCUUGGUUGGUGUGUCGGCCACUUUCUCGCGCUUCGACGGAAGAAGGCUUGGUGCCGUUAUUGAUCACAUUGUGUAUCACCGUGACUACGUUGACAUGAUCGAAGAAAACUGGCUUUCUGACGUCGUUUUCACCACAGUUGAAAUCAAAGCCGACCUGACCAAAGUGGACACUGGCGCGAGUGGGGAUUUUCAGACCGCUGCGCUGUCCAAGGCCAUCAACACUGCUGAGACCAACGAGCUUGUGGUGAAGGCAUGGUCGACAAAGGCAGUAGGCCGUACUUCUACUCUCAUCUUCUGUGUCGAUCUCAGUCAUGUCACCAACCUCACCUCGGAGUUUCGCAAGAAUGGGGUCAAUGCCCAAUUUGUGACAGGCGACACAGCAACGAAGGUUCGUAGUGCAAGGAUCAACGCCUUUCGGGACGGAGAGUUUCCGGUACUGCUUAAUUGUGGUGUAUUCACGGAGGGCACAGAUAUUCCAAACAUCGACUGCGUACUUUUGGCUCGGCCCACCAAGUCGCGCAAUUUGCUUGUUCAGAUGAUUGGACGAGGUAUGCGCCUACACAAGGGCAAAGAGAAUUGCCACAUCAUCGACAUGGUCGCUGCACUGAGCACUGGAGUCGUCUCUACACCAACGCUCUUCGGGCUGGACCCAGGGGAGAUUGUUGAGAAGGCAGAUACGAAGAGCUUAACGCAGCUCAAGGAAAGAAAAGACUCGGAAAGGCAGCGUGAGAAAGAAGCCUCCGGACUGAAGACACGGACUGUUUCCAGGAAGCUUCCUGGAACCAUCACCUUCACCGAUUACGAUUCUGUCCAUGAUCUAAUUGCAGACACCUCAGGCGACCAGUAUAUCCGCAACUUAAGUCAGAACGCUUGGGUAGGCGUUGGAGAGGGGAAAUACGUAUUGACAACGAAUAGCGGCAACUAUCUUGUCAUUGAGCCUUCUGAAAAGGAUGAGGCUAGCUUCAGAGCCAAGUAUUACUGGAAGCUGCCAGCAGCUAAGAAGUCCAAAAGUCCGUACGGUGCCCCUCGGGUCAUCGCCGAAGGGGAGUCGUUCGAGCACGUUGUUCAUGCAGCCGAUACAUACGCAGCUGAGGCCUUUGAACACAUCUGGAUUUCAAAGAACCAGCCAUGGCGUAGGAGUAGUGCAUCACAAGCUCAACUAGCCUUCCUCAAUAAGUUUCGACCUCUAGAAGACCAGCUGGCGCCUGGAGAUCUCACCAAAGGCAAAGCGGGUGACAUGAUUACACGGAUCAAGCACGGAGCGAAGGGCCGAUACGAAAAAGCGACUGUGAAACAGAGGACCGAAAGGCGCAUGAAAGAUCGUGCAGAGACGAUGCGUCAGCGACUUCAAGGUCAGGUACGAGUUGGGCCUUUGGAACAGGGCCAGACCCUGAAAGAGAAACUCCUCGGAUGA